CCGAGCUAAAGCUAUCUUAUAAAAAACACACUACUCUAACCUGUUUUAUCCCUGUUUUGACAUGACAGAAAGGUCAUAUUUAUAGUUUUCUUGAUGAGUUUAUCUCUACGAGUGUUCAAGGAGAAGCAGCAUUUAAACUGGAGGCUUUUUAGUUCAUAAAAUCACAACAAAGCUGCUGGAAGCUUUGCAUUACUGCUAGUAGGUGAGCAGCAACAAAGAGGUCUUCCUGCAGCUGCACACACACUGCUGGCAUUAUUAACCAGGCUGACAUGGCGGGGGUGGCAUCUCCAGAGAAGGCUGCAAGCACCAAGAAGAAAAGCGAGAGGAAGUGUGCCAUCAAAGAGGAGUACAGACAGCUGUCUAGCAUCAUGGGAGUCAUGAACAACCUGAGGAAACAGGAUACUCUCUGUGAUGUGACCCUGUUGGUUCAGGGGAAACACUUUCCUGCCCACAGAGUAGUGUUGGCUGCUGCCAGCCACUUCUUCAGCCUCAUGUUCACCACCAGAAUGAUGGAGUCCAUGUCCCAUGAGGUGGAGCUCAGGAGUGCCGAGCCGGAGAUCAUUGAGCUGUUGAUUGAAUUUAUCUACACAGCUCGGAUUUCGGUGAACAGCAGUAACGUCCAGUCAUUGCUGGAUGCAGCCAACCAGUACCAGAUUGAGCCUGUGAAGAAGAUGUGUGUAGAGUUCCUCAAAGGACAAAUUGAUGCAACAAAUUGCCUUGGUAUCUCCUCCCUGGCAGACUGUAUGGACUGUCCCGAGCUGAAGGCAGCGGCAGAGGACUUCUUCGAGCUCCACUUCACUGAAGUCUACAAACUGGACGAGUUCCUGCAACUGGACGUCAAACAGCUCUCACACCUGCUGCACCACGACAAACUCACUGUCCGUGCUGAGGCCCAGAUUUAUGACGCGGCAGUGCGCUGGCUGAAGUAUGACGUGUGCAACAGACAGCAGUACAUGGUGGAGGUGUUGGGGUGCGUUCGCUUCCCUCUGGUCUCCAAAACCUUCCUCUCCAAGAGGGUGCAGGCUGAGCCCCUCAUCCAGGACAACCCGCAGUGUCUCAAGAUGGUCAUCAGCGGGAUGCGCUACCACCUGCUGUCCCUGGAGGAUCGGGAGGAUCUGGGAGAGAGCAGCCGACCGCGACGCAAGAAGCACGACUACCGCAUCGCUCUGUUUGGAGGCUCCCAGCCUCAGUCCUGCCGCUACUUCAACCCCAAGGACUCCACCUGGACAGACAUCCGCUGCCCCUUCGAGAAGCGCCGGGAUGCCACAGCCAUCUUCUGGGACAAUGUGGUCUACAUCCUGGGCGGCUCACAGCUCUUCCCCAUCAAGCGCAUGGACUGCUACAACGUCCUGAAGGACAGCUGGUACUCCAAGCUGGGUCCGCCCACACCUCGCGACAGCCUGGCUGCCUGCGCCGCCCAGGGCAAGAUCUACACGUCUGGGGGGUCGGAAGUGGGCAGCUCUGCCCUCGACCUUUUCGAAUGCUACGACACGAGAACGGAGUCUUGGCAGGUGAAAACCAGCAUGCUGCUGGCGCGCUGCAGCCACGGCUCAGUGGAGGCCAACGGGCUCAUAUACGUGUGUGGAGGCACGGUGGGCAACAAUGUGUCCGGCAGGGUCCUCAACAACUGCGAGGUUUACGACCCCAACACUCAAAAAUGGAGGGAGUUGUGUGGGAUGAGAGAGUCCAGGAAGAACCACGGGCUGGUGGUGGUCAACAGCAGGAUCUAUGCUGUUGGAGGGCAGGGGGCUCUGGGUGGACUGGACUCGGUGGAGUACUACGACAUUGCCAGUAACGAAUGGCGUGCUGCUUCGGUGAUGCCGUGGCGAGGUGUGACGGUGAAGUGCGCAGCGGUCGGUGAGGUCAUCUAUGUGCUGGCGGGGUUUCAAGGUGUGGGGCGGCUCGGACACGUCCUGGAGUACCACACUGAUACUGACAGGUGGGUGACUUGCAGCAAGGUGCGAGCAUUUCCCGUCACCAGCUGCCUGAUCUGCGUGGUCGACACGUGUGGAGUAAACGAAGACGAAGACAUGGACCUCAUAGACUCGCAGUCGCACGCUGCAGCCCCUGCCGCUUCAUCUGCCUCAACCUCAUCAGCCACAUAGGACAAGAGGAAAAUGUCAGAGUAUGUUAAGUUGUGAUCGGCUCAGACACUGCGUUAGGGCUCCAGACGAGGCCCGACAGCUCCUACUAAUGUGAAUAUUGACGUGUGUGUUUAGGCAGAGAACUGGUCAUGUUGAUUUUUUUGGUCCUUAUUUUGUUGUUUUUGUCGCUUGUGAAUUGCGUGCUGUUACAGAGUGUAGAUAUACUGCAUUUAUGAAUAGUUGAAGCUUCGUUGUGUUGUGUAAAUAUUUAAUAAGAGUGCUUCUGUAACGCACUGUAACUUAAAACUGACUUUAUAGAGAAGGAGUAAAAGCUAGCUGAAUGUGAUGAAAAAAAA